AUGAAGAUAGUUUUGGAGAUUGAGGUAGACGACUUUAACAUUCAAGAUAUAUCUAUGGAGGUGGAAGACAGUGAGGAGGGCAAUUGUAGCUCAGAAGAUUUAUUUCUCAAGUUUGAUUUGAGAUGUGAAUUUACGUUGAAUUCUGAGGACAUACUAGGGGAUGCCAUUACUCUUUUUAAAAAUGAGGAUAGCCCUAAGAACUGCUUUGAAGCAUAUCAUAAGAUAAGCAAGGUAGUCUUUAUGCACUACUACAAGGAUGUGAAUAUCCAUUUUUGUUACUGUGUUAGGGAGCAAGGAAAUUACAAGAACCCCACCAAUUAUUGUGGGUGGAGACGUCCACCUGUUGAGGAGGUGCUGUCAAAAUUAACAACUCAUUUUGUUAAGGUCCAUUCAAGACAGUGUAUAGAUGAAGCUGAAUUAGCUGAACAUGUUGUUGGUUUGACUUGCAGCCUUGCCACCUCCCAAUUUAGAAAGAAAUUAACACGACUAUCUGUAAAUGCUAAUGGAUGUCUUAUCCCCAAGGACUGUGUUGACAAGAGUUUAGUAAAAAAGAGCUUGUGGUAA